AGGCACUUGUCUCAUUCAACUUCAAUCGACCUCGAGCUCAAGGCGCUUGAGACGCAGUCGGCAGUACCGUUGUAAAUCAGCACGACACGAACUGUUUAACUACGCAAAAAAAAAUGUCCGAAUUGAAGCGAUUCACGCGAAAGGAAAUCCUAAGCCGAAACACGAAGCAGGAUGCAGUGUUUGUCAUAGAUAACGAAGUGUAUGAUGUCACACCAUUUUUAGACGACCAUCCCGGAGGACAUGAGGUAUUAUUAAAUGUAGCCGGCAAAGACGCCAGUGAGGAUUUCGAUGAUGUAGGUCACAGUAGUGAUGCUAAAGAUAUGAUGAAGAAAUAUAAAAUCGGUGAACUCGUCGACGAAGACAAAGUCGAAUUAAAAAGACGUCAAUACAACUGGGAAGAUCAUAGUAAAGAAGAUUCCAAUGUCAGUUUCUUAAGCUCGUGGAAGUUCCCCGUAGUUCUCGGUCUGGUAAUGACUGUGCUUUACACGUAUCUGUUCGGUUAACAAACAUUACACAACACAAUAACAAGUUAUCGACAUUAUCUCAGUGAUCAUCGAGAACUUUCCAAGCUGAACAAAUUAAAGGCUCGUUACUAAAAUAAAGACUUGUAGUGCGUGUUAAUUUUGUAUGUUAAGAGAAUCGGGUUUAAGGCAAAUUAGUUUUUUAGUCAACCGUGGUACAUAAAAAAGGGCGUUGAGUAAUAUAUUUAUAUUUGUUGAUUCUAUUGUAUCCACUUUUUUAAGCAUUCUUUAAUAGGUAUGUAAUCUAUUAUAAAUAUAUAUUAUGUCAUAUGAUAUAACUUAUAUAUAGUUUUUAAUCGAUAUUGGAUGACAAGGUGACAUGUCUGUUGGACUUUGCACUAUCAGUAAUGUAAUAUACAGAUGUUUAAUAUUGUAUAAUUCAUAAUAAUUUCAAAUUACAUAUAAAAUACAAAUAUUUAUUAUACUAAAUAUUGUUUAAAAUUUUAUAUUUUUUAAUACAUUUUUUAUUGCACACUUUA